GACAAACUGUGCUGAUCUGUUAGCAGCUUUCACAUAAAGUUGCACAAAAAUGCAAGUGUAAAUAUAAACUACAGUCUAGGAAGGCUCCUCCUCUUCCCAUACACAUAUACACACUGAGGACAGCAUAUGCAAUGAUCAGAGCAGAGAGACAGCCUACCUGAACAUGGAUCACAUAUUGGCACUGUUGCUGUUGCUGCUGAACUCAGGACUCCAGGCUGAAGGAAAUGACUACUCAGCAGAGCCUGUCAGGUUGGUGGGAGGACACAGUCGUUGUGCAGGAACACUGGAGCUGAAACAUGAAGGAGAAUGGAGACCACUGUGUGAUCGUGAUAGUUUCUCCCACUCGACCCUCAAGGAAGCAGCUGUUGUCUGCAAAGAGUUGGAGUGUGGCUCUGCUGUUUCUAUAACAAGGAGAGAGGAGUCCUCAGAGAGAUUUGUGUGGUCAGUCAAUGAUGACUGUCUUCACUCUAAUUAUCUGAGAGAGUGUGUUAGAUCAUAUUCCUCUCCCGAAAUCCUGAAUCUCGUCUGCUUAGACUCUGUCAGGCUGGUGAAUGGGACCAGUCUGUGCUCAGGGCGACUGGAGGUGAAGUCUGACCAGUCUAACCAGAGCUGGUCCUCAGUGUGUGAAGCUGACUUUGACCAGCAGGAUGCAGAGGUGGUCUGCAGGGAGCUUGGCUGUGGGGCUCCUUCAGUCCUCCAGGGGGCGCUCUAUGGAGAAGUGGAGGCUCCAAUGUGGACCAAAGAGUUCCAGUGUAGAGGAAAUGAGUCUGCUCUCGUGGACUGUAGAAGCUCAGUCUCAGAUAGAAACACCUGCUCACCUGGCAGAGCUGUGGGACUCACCUGCUCAGAGCCUGUCAGGUUGGUGGGAGGAGAAAGUCGCUGUGCAGGAUUACUGGAGCUGAAACAUGAAGGAGAGUGGAGACAAGUGGGUGAUCCUUACGAUGAAGAAUGGACCCUGAAGGCAGCAGCUGCGGCCUGCAGAGAGCUGGACUGUGGUUCUGCUGUUUCUGUAAGAAUAGAGGAGACCUCAUACAGAUCUAUGUGGAGGAUUUUGUCUGACUGUGUUCAGUCUGGAUCUCUGAGAGACUGUACAAAAUCAGAUUACUCCUCCAUCAUCUAUAAUCUAACUUGCUUAGAUUCUGUCAGGCUGGUGAAUGGGAACAGUCUGUGCUCAGGCAGACUGGAGGUGAAGUCUGACCAAUCUAACCAGAGCUGGUCCUCAGUGUGUGAAGCUGACUUUGACCAGCAGGAUGCAGAGGUGGUCUGCAGGGAGCUUGGCUGUGGGGCUCCUUCAGUCCUCCAGGGGGUGCUCUAUGGAGAAGUGGAGGCUCCAAUGUGGACCAAAGAGUUCCAGUGUGGAGGAAAUGAGUCUGCUCUCCUGGACUGUAGAAGCUCAGGCUCAGAUAGAAACACCUGCUCACCUGGCAGAGCUGUUGGACUCACCUGCUCAGAGCCUCUCAGGUUGGUGGGAGGAGACAGUCGCUGUGCAGGAACACUGGAGGUGAAAUACAAAGGAGAGUGGACACCAGUAGGUGAUACUUACUCUGAAGGCUGGACUCUGAAGGAAACAGCUGCUGUCUGCAGAGAGCUGGACUGUGGUUCUCCUGUUUCUGUAAGAGUUAGAAAGGAGUCCCUAGACAGAUUUGUGUGGAGUUUCAAGUUUGACUGUGUUCAGUCUGGAUCUCUGAGAGAGUGUGUAACAUCAGGCUCUUCAUACAGUCUGGAUAUCACCUGCUCUGACUCUGUCAGGCUGGUGGGUGGGAUCAGUCUGUGCUCAGGCAGACUGGAGGUGAAGUCUGGCCAGUCUAACCAGAGCUGGUCCUCAGUGUGUGAGGCUGACUUUGACCAGCAGGAUGCAGAGGUGGUCUGCAGGGAACUUGGCUGUGGGGCUCCUUCAGUCCUCCAGGGGGUGCUCUAUGGAGAAGUGGAGGCUCCAAUGUGGACCAAAGAGUUCCAGUGUAGAGGAGAUGAGUCUGCUCUCCUGGACUGUAGAAGCUCAGUCUCAGAUAGAAACACCAGCUCACCUGGCAGAGCUGUGGGGCUCACCUGCACAGAGCCUGCCAGUAUCAGGUUGGUGGGAGGAGACAGUCGCUGUGCAGGAACACUGGAGGUGAAACAGGGAGAAUGGAGACCAGUGAGAGACACUCACUGGUCACUGAAGACAGCAGUUGCUGUCUGCAGAGAGCUGGACUGUGGUUCUGCUCUUUCUGUAGAACUGAAAACUCACCGACACAUACCUAUGUGGUCCAGCAGCCCUGACUGUGUUCAUUUUGGAUCUGUCUUUCGGGAAUGUGUAAAGUCAGAUUACUCUCACACCAGUCUGGAUAUCACCUGCUCUGACUCUGUCAGGCUGGUGAAUGGAACGAGUCUGUGCUCAGGCAGACUGGAGGUGAAGUCUGACCAGUCUAACCAGAGCUGGUCCUCAGUGUGUGAAGCUGACUUUGACCAGCAGGAUGCAGAGGUGGUCUGCAGGGAGCUUGGCUGUGGAGCUCCUUCAGUCCUCCAGGGGGCGCUCUAUGGAGAAGUGGAGGCUCCAAUGUGGACCAAAGAGUUCCAGUGUGGAGGAGAUGAGUCUGCUCUCCUGGACUGUAGAAGAUCAGGCUCAGAUAGAAACACCUGCUCAGCUGGCAGAACUGUUGGUCUUACCUGCUCAGAGCCUGCCAGUAUCAGGUUGAAGGGAGGAGACAGUCACUGUGCAGGAACACUGGAGCUGAACCUUAAUGGAGUCUUGAGACAAGUGGAACCCUUUGACUGGAACCUGAAGAAAGCAGCUGUUAUAUGUCGAGAGCUGAAAUGUGGUUCGGUUGUUUCUCUAGAAAAGAAAAAGUCCUACCACAGAUCUGUGUGGAGGAUCAGGCCAGACUGUGUUCAGUCUGGAUCUGCACUGAGAGAGUGUACAACACCAUAUAUAUCUUACUUCUUGCUGAAUCUCACCUGCUCAGACCUGCUGGUUUAGCCCAAUUUCUCUGCAUCCUCCUCCAUGGAUGAGGUCUCUGAGGCCGACUGAAGAGAAAGGAGCUCAGCAAGCAGAGCAGCACCUGUCAAAAAUUGACAAAUAUCAUCUCUUCUGUAUGACCAAUUCAUGAUGUGAAAUACACAUUUUUGUUGACAUUUUCCAAUUGGUUGUUAUAAAAACAUUUGAAAAAAUUAUGCACCAUGUUUUCACACCAAGUCUAUGUUUGUUGCUUAGGAUGAGACUAAUUUGUAUUUGUAUGUUAGAAUUUUCCCCCUAUUUUGUCAUUAAGGAACUUAAUUAUUUCAUUAAAAACGAUGUACGUCAGCAUUUUCCUAUAUUUUCUAAUGAUGGUUUU